AGGCCUCAAACAUCCUAGAUUUUAACAAACAGCCAUCAGAUCCUACCGCAAUUAUUGUGCGCUGCACGUACAUGUAGAACAACUUGUCGCUGUCGGGGAGCUUUGAAGAGGAAGGGAUUUUACGGCCCACUCAAAUUAGUCGGGUAAAAAAGAGAGAAAAUCGUAAUUAUGAAGCGGUGAGUUGAGCUAGACUGCAGCCUUUAUGUUCAUCGACCUUUGACGUCGACAGAAAGACACGGCGGAAGCCUUUCUUGUAUUUUUCCCCAUGACAGUUUGGUGAAUACGUGCAAAGCCCAUAAAUCAUUGGGCCGAGAAUAAUGACACAUUCUGAAUUCAAUGCGACGCGUCAGGGUAAGGCAUAAUGCACAUAUUUCUGUAUACUGCAUGCACCCAACUGACAAGAUAGACAUCGCUGCUGCCGGCACCAACUGAUGAUACCUAAAGACUGAUCUACAUGUGUUUUUAUCCUGUCCAGGCUCAGUGCGGUGUAGAGCACAAAAUGAACAUCUCUAUCCUGUUCGUGGAGUGAAUGGAUUUUAACGACUUGUCGUGAUUAUUACACGGGAGAUUCAUCACGACAACAAGUGCACAUUACCGGAGCGCAAUAACACUGUUGUAGCGCUCAGAGAAGAGCUGCCUGCAUGCGUGCGUGCACCUGACGUCACCAUAUAUGUUAUGACAUUAUCCACACGCCGGUUCCCCAUACGGUGAGCGAGCUACGCAACACGGGGCAGAAGGCACACACACUCACCAAUCUCAUCGUCAGGCCGGCAAAGACACUCUUCGCCCGAAUCACGCACAAUUGAAUUUUGAUUGAUUGUGGGCGCGUGUCUCACGAUUUUCUUGAGAUUAAAAUACGGGAAAAAGCAGUGGCAAAUCAUCUCAAGUGAGGCCAAGUGGUGGAAGUGACCGUAUAGGAGCGUGCUGAAAGAGCUGGAUUAGUUCCGUGCGAUUAUCUAUUGCAAUUAUCAGUAACACCUAUCGGCAGAAAGUAUGAAGAUUGUGACGGGCUUCUGUUUAUAACGGACGUAUUGCCAUUGGUGGAAAUAUCCAAGACUUUGCAAGCCCUCCUUCGGCCUUGCAAACCAGACAGAGCCUCUUCACAUUCUUGUCCUAGGCUCUGUGUUGUGAUGCGAGGCGUGUAAAACCUGCCCUGGGCAGAGAACAACGGCCAUCUAGCGUCGACUUCGUGCGCGAGAGACGAUGCCCUGGGACCGAGAUUCCACAGCAAGCUUGACCGAGUCAUGUUCGGUGUGCCCCGCUGGAUGUCUCCAGCAGCCCCUGCCGGUGCUGGGAGAUCGGGUCCCGCAAGCGAAGUGGACGACUUUGAUUCAAUCGGCUGUAUCCUCGCCCACUGUGGUUUGGAGCCAGCCUGGGCUGGCUCUGUACAACCUUCUGGGGAACUGUUCUACCUUGAGCCAGGGAAUGAUCUCCACCUUGCAGACACCCUCUUGACCUCCCAGGCAGCCCACCAGCAGGCACAGGCAGACAAAUCAUCACAAGUUGCUGCCAAGAAAAAGAAGAACCUAGCGGCUCUGCAGAAAAUCAUGCGCCGCAAGAAGGGCUCCAAUCUCGUGAACGUUAACAACAGCGCUGACCCAUCCACUAACCCCAAGCAGCGGAUUACGGGUGGUAAGAAAUCCCCGCACAGGACAUCAGUGCAGCGCGGCACAAAGCCCGAUCGCACCGUUGAGGUGACCCUCAAGGUCGAGGCCAAACAGACCCUUCUGAAUACUCAGGUUGACCGGCUUGAGUCGUGGCUCGGCAUUGUUCAUGCUUUCGACAAGAAGGCAAACGUUCAGAAUGGGGCUUCCCGAAACGGUCAUGCUCACAGUGCUGGUGAAGAGAAGCACAAUGGAAGACACGCACCAACUUCAAGUGAGACAAGGGUCUUUGUAAGGGGAUUGAUACCAUCAGGAUCUGCCAUGAAAUCUGGAGAAAUUGAGCUGGGUGACAUUGUUGUCAGUGUCAACAGCAUCCCUGUGUUUGCAGAAACCGUUAACUCAGUCCUGGCAUCCAUGAACAGUGCCUCAGUGUUCAAACUACAACUCCAGAGAGGGAGCCUGGGCUCAUGGGAGAAGUACAUCAUGCCACCCCAACGGCCAGCCCUCAACGGCUCACUGGUGAAGCUGAUCAGUGGGGAGAGGUUAAAGGAGGUGGAAGACCCACUGAGAGACGUGUGUCACAUCAUCAGCUACCUGACCCUUGGCAGGGAAGAGGACGAGGAGGGAAAGGAUAUACUGUACGAGUUCCCAGUGACUAGAGCCUCCAGGAAGCUGAGUGACAUCCGGGGGUUGUUCAUCACACUGAGUGACAUGCUGCAGAAUAUCACAGACAGUGCCAUCACCAGUACCUCCCUCGUUAUCUCAGGGGAAUUGGUGCACAUUGCCUAUCAGAAAGCAGGCACUGAGGUCCUGGUGAUGGCGGUACCAGCCAGCAGGGUGCCGAUGUUCCUUCUGGACUGCAUCAUUAAAGAUGUCGUCCGCCUUCUGUGCUUUCUUUUCAAGAACCUUGACAGUGCUUUCCAGGAUUCCAACUAUCCCAGGCUGAACCAUCUCUUCAGCCUGCUCUUCCAGCGUCUCCUCCUGAAGGAAAACCAGCAGAGCCAAAGAACCAACAGCAAUACUUUCCUGGAGGGUCUCCCCGGGGCAAGGUGGCUUGACUUGCCCGAAGAGGUCAAGAUCAAUAUUGACAGUAGCCUGAGUGAAUUAGAAGCAGCUGAUUUUGCAGACAUGUCCGAUGAUCAUUACGAUGACAGAAGACCGUAUGUUCUUCUUGGGUCGUGUUUCUUCUACAAAGGAUAUGUGACUGCCAGCCACUUGCCCUUGGGUGACCUGUGCGACGUAACUAUCUACUGUCGCAAUUAUAGCUUGAUGGUGUUGAGCUCCCAGCAGCCUGUGGGUCAGCUGGUCAUCUGGAGGGAGGUAUACCCGACUCGACGAGGCGAGGGGUCAGAGCCCACCGUGCAAGGGUACACGGAGCCCCAGGGAAGGUGGUUCCUUUUGAUUAUUGGCCAGGGCCACAGCCUACUGUGCCUGCUAAUGGAAGCGGGGGGCUGCGCGUCUCGGUGUGAGGGUAUUCCGGCCCCAGACCCUUUCUACGUUGACCAGGCUAGAGCAACCCUCCUACAUUUAGAGUCUCUCAACAUACCAGUUGCAUGUGAAGAAAGAUUGUCAGCCCCACCCAUCCCAGCCCUCUCCUGUGCAGACUGGUUCUUUCCAAGCCGCAAGACUGCUGCCGAGUCUGGUACCCCGCCCCUCCCUAUACAGAGCUCACCGAUGCUGUCUAAGCUGCACAGCCAGUCACCAGCGAGAGGGAGGAAACUUUUGCAGGCAGACAGUUCCUCCCGUCGCCGGUCCAGCUCCCCGGGUUCCAUGCAGCUAUCCACUCCUAGCCCCGUGCCAAGGCGCCAUACCACCUCCCGGCUGGACUCAGACAAUGAGAGCGACACGGCCAGCCCUUACAACUCUAGGGGGAACAGCACACAGAGCUCGCCCAUUCCCCGGCGCCGGAACGGCGAGAGGAAAGGCUCAGAUGUUUCAGGAGGAUCAGUCAGCAGUGCCGAACUUUACAAAGUCGCAAGGAAGAAACGUCUGAUUCCGGACCCGUACAACAUGGGCAUGAUGCACCAGAACCAGGAACUAGAAUGCAAUGACUACUUCACAGCAACAAAACUGACAGCUGGCUGUGACAACACCCUCUUCCACUACAUUCACUUGGACGCAGCCAGUGGGAUCAUCACCUGCCCAACCCAUGGUGACCUAUCACUCAUUGGGGGCAAUACCCAUGCUCAGCUGGUGCAAAAUUUCAACAGGUGCUGUUUGACCAUCCGGAAACUUCUCUGCCGAAGCACAAGACUAAAGGCCAGACCUGAGGAGUCUACUAGACCCAUACAGAGCGACCACUGCAUGGGUUACGUCAGGGAGUACGGCGUCAUGUUUAAAUGCCAGCCAGAGAACUGGCAGGAGCAGAAGAAGACGCCACCCAGCAUCAACUACUGGGUUGUAGGGCGACUGUUUGAGGAGCCUCACCCUAGGGAAUGCUACGUCUGCUACCAUGAAAGCGCAACUCAGAAUGUGAUUGAACUUGCCUUCAAACUCUCCUAUGGGGCGGGGCUUUGACCGAGGUUUCUUCUCCACCCUCUUCCUCUGAGUCUCUGACAUGAGACAAAGACCUGGUCUUCACUGCUACCAGUUUGGCAUGCUGGUCGGCAUGCGUGGGUAAAUGCUUGAAUGAUAAUGAGGCUGAAUGGACUGAUAUGCAAAUCUAACUUUGACCUGUGAUUGAGUAUUUGCAGUGAUACAUAUGUGUCAACUGUACAUUUCUUCACCACAUCGUUCUUAAAUAGUUCCUCCACACUGUCUGAUCCCACUAAUGACACAUUGUCAUUUGUCACACUGCGAGGUAAUAGGUUAGUGACUAGCCAUGACAACGUACAACUUGACAUCUUGGCCACUCAUCCACAUUUGCACAUCACUGCAAGAGUAACUGACACAUUCUGGUUUCAUCAGAUCCAAUAUGGCCACCUUUGUGAAAACUUAUUCCAGCAACACUGCUGGUGCUGUCAAGUUAGGUGGACCUACCGGAACCAGUCCUUUGUUCUUGUACAAAAAAUCGCUUUGUAGUCUGUUAUGGCUUGACAUGUUGCACACAAUACAUCUGAGCACCAACUGAAAUUUGUGCUUUAUUUUCCAAAGAUUUCUUUUUCUUCCAUUUACCAAUAUCGCUACUGUUUCAUUGCGCAAACUUUAGCUGGUGUUAUUGCAGAAUUCAAAUAACUAUGCCACAGAAAGGUUUGUUAAAUGCAAGUUAAACCUUCAGUUUAUAGACUCACAACUUCCACCUGAUGUCAGAUUCUUCUUCCCCUGCCAAUCUUCCUUAUAUCUCCCAAAGUGUUCACACACGAGUGGGGAACCAAAUUGUUGCUAUGCAAGGUGACCAUCGAAUAAAAUGUACACAGCGAUUUUUUUUACUUAAAGCGUCAUGGGAAACUUCAGAGUCGUGUGAGCCAAAAAGAAAGAAUGAACUAAAGGUUUAUAGGGAAAAGAUCUAAAAAGAAUUUCUGUAUUCCUUGUCAAAGUAUGUGGUUUGAAUGUUAGACUGCUGGAAACCUUUUAAUAUUUGUCACUGACAAGAAAUUCAGUAAGUUUACUAAAUCGUACUAGAAACCACUGUUACUGAAAUGUUUAAUAUUUCCAAUUUAAAACCCAAAACUGACCCUGGUAUGUGUGUCCUACAGUGUACAUAGCAGCUACGUAUACCUUGACUACUGAUAAAAUCUAACAGCAAAAUUGCACCUGAACUCUAUGGUUUUGCUUGAAAUAACCAAAAACUAUUUAAAUGAGUACUUCCAAGAUUCAAAUUCAAGUUUGCAGUGUUAGCUGUAGAACUUUCCCAAAGUCAUUCAAGUUUACUUCCAAUCUUUGAUGCAGUUUUGUCAGCAUUGUCAGAAGUGUACCUGUAUUGUUUUUCACAUGAUUUUACAUUUCAGAAAUGUAUUCUGUGGGCUUUUUCUUCAGUUUUACCUCACUCCUUUAUAAUUCUGCCAUAAUGUCGGAUGUCGUAUUUAUUUCAUUUGAUUGGAUGCAUUUAUAAUUUGGAACAUAUGUUUAUAAACUGUAACAAUGUUUAGAUUGUACUGCUUGCAGCUUACUUUCUUUAAUCAUAUUUCACUCAUUCCAAAUUUCAUUAUUCAUAUUCUAUUUUUAUUCACAUUUUAUUCCAGUUUUCAAAAGGUUGUGAUCCUUUGCUAUGUUGCAGAUUUGUUUCAUAUAAAAUGCAUAUUAUUUCAUUAUUGCAUUAUAUUCUUCAGUGCAAAUGAUCUUGAAAACAUUUUCAGUACUUCGAAGGUAUUCCUUAGGUUUUUUUGUUUGUUUGGGAGUUUAGGUUUUUUUGUUUUGUUGUUUUGUUGGUGUUGCUACUAGUCUAUCUCAGUGAUUUGGGUGUGGCAUGAGAUGCCACAUUGAGAUCAGAGAUACAGGGCUGUAUUCAAACUACUACCUGGCCAGUUCACUGCUUUCAUUGCCAUUUAUGUGCACAGGUUAUUGUGUACGCCGAGCAUGCACAUAGGUUGCAGUAAUGUGUCACUCCCUCAAUGCUGAGGAGUUACUUCAGAUCUUAGUUCAUACAGAUCAGCCCACUGACAACUUAUUGAAACUGCUUGGUGUUUAUGUUCACCAUUCACUGGGUAAAUUUAUGACAUUACGCUUUUGUCAAUGUAAGGCACUGUCCCCCC